UGAUUGUCUGGUUCGCGUAUCAUACCCACGCAUGGUCUCGACGUGCCUAGGGGAUGGUCGUCUCCAUUGCGGCCGUCGGCUGUGCGGCCUCAGCCAUGGAAUAAUUGACCACUUCGUCUUGGAAAUCUAUAUAAAGCCGUUGAUCUUGGCCCCUCAGAAUUAACUUUUCGUCUCUUCUUCCCCCAUCAUUCCAAAGAAUCAAGCCCGGUAUUCCCACCUUCCUUCCUCGCAACCAUCUGCAAAUUUCAAUUCUCUACCGCCGGUCGGUUUCCUAUUAUUACCAACUAAACACUCUUUUAUUCUCCACUUUUUCGGUCUUUACCAAAAGAAAACCCACCAAAAUCAGACAAAAUGCAGUUCUCUCUCGCCACCGUCAUCUUCGGCCUUGCCGCCUUUGCCGCCGCCACCCCGGCCGCCCCUGCCAGCGCGCUCUUGGCCCGCGCCGACACCGCCACUGGCACCUGCUGCUUUGCCAACAAGAGUCUGAAGCAGGACAUCUGCACCAGCGAGACUGGCGCGGCUGGCAAGUGCGUGCCCGGAGGCAAUGCUUGCGGUAGCUCCCUCAGCUGUGUCGCCGAUUCUAAGCUUGCCUGUGACGACACCAUCAAGGAGCGCUCCGGCGUUCUCUGCCGUGCCAUUGUCAACGGUGGCUUCCAGGACGGUGCCAGGGUUGUCAAGAGCCUUAAGGACGCCAAGGCCAACUAAACUAUUCUACUUUUGUCUGAUGUCGACCUUCCUCGGUCUGUCCUGGGGACAACCGAUUUGACAUGACACCGAGUUGUGGACGACUUAAUUUAGUGUUCGUAGUUGGAAUAGGGCGAGGAAGGAAGGAUUACAAGCUUAAUAAUACCACCGCUUCGAUUCACG